GAUCCGGGAGCGCCGUCCCCGUCCCCGAAGGCGGAGACCGGUGCGGGGCGCUGCGCCAUCCCGGGCCGGGCGCGGGACUCCCAGGCUGUACUUAAGCGGCCGCGGGCGGUGCGGGGGCAGCGCCAUGAAAUCGGGGCGGUUGCUGCUGCUGCUGCUGCUGGCGGCCCCCUCGGGCCCCCUUGGCCACUGCCGGCCGGCCUCGGGUCGCCGCCUGCAAGGGAAGUUUGGCGAGUGCCCCCCGCCCAGCAGGAUCCCCUCGAUGCCCUGCGACAACUUCUGCUCCUCGGACAUGGAUUGCCCGGGCAGUGAGCGCUGCUGCAGCACCGGCUGUGGACGGGAGUGCCGGCUCCCCAUCGGAGCCAAGAGUGGCUUCUGCCCACGGCUGGACCCUGACAUGAUGAGCAUCUGCCUGGUGAAGUGUAGCAGCGACAGCAACUGUCCAGGCAAUGCGAAGUGCUGCAGCAUGGGCUGUUUCGUCCACUGCGUGAAACCAGUGCCAGCCAAACCAGGCAUCUGCCCCAAGAGAAAGGUGCUGCAGACCUUCGCCCCCUGCAACAACUCCUGCAGCGAUGACACUGACUGUCCUCGCAACAAGAAAUGCUGCUUCGCGGGCUGUGGCCGCAACUGCCUGCCUCCAGUCAAAAAUACUGCAGCCCCUCUCCAGCCCACUGGCUGGGGCCACCAGCUGGGUUCUGCUACCUUCAGCAGCCUCGUGUCCUCGGCUGACAUCUGUCACCUCCCGCUUGUCCGUGGCCCGUGCAGGGGACGCUUCCGUCACUAUGCCUAUGCAUCUGCCCUGGGCACCUGCCAGCCGUUCAUCUACAGCGGCUGCGGGGGGAACGCCAACAACUUUGGGACGCUGGAGGAGUGCCAGCAAGUCUGCGAGCAACAGGGGAGAGCCAAGGAGUGACCCUGAGGAGGAGGCAGCAGCUGGGCUAGGGGCCCUCCACGGAGCCGGCAACCCAGGGGUCAGGGUCUACAGCGAUGCUGACCACUGCCCUCUGUCCCAUGCAAUAAAGCGCCAGGAUGACUGGCUUGCAGCA